AUGAGACGGGUCGUCAACAGUGUAACUCCUUUUUCAUUCAAAUCAACAAACACGAGACGGGGCGACAACAGUGUUACUCUUAACAUUGCUAUCAACACACACGAGACGGGGCGUAAACAGUUGUUUUUAAAAAACACGAGGCUUGGUGUCAACAAAAGUAUUGUCCUUACCAUUGCUGUCAACAAACGAGAGACGGGAGUCCACAGUGAAGCCCUUACUAAUGCUGUCAACAAACACGACACGGGCGUCAACAGUGGAGCUAUUACUAAUGAUGUCAAUAAGCACGACACGGGUGUCUACAGUGCAGCCCUUACUAAUGCUUUUAACAAACACGACACGGGCGUCUACAGUGAAGCCCUAACUUAUGUUGUCAACAAACACGACACGGGCAUCUACAGUGAAACUCUUACUUAUGCUUUCAACAAACACGACACGGGCGUCAACAGUGGAGCCCUUACUAAUGAUGUCAAUAAGCACGACACGGGUGUCAACAGUGGAGCCCUUACUAAUGCUGUCAACAAACACGACACGGACGACUACAGUGAAGCCCUUACUAUUAAAGUCAACAAACACGACACGGGCGUCUACAGUGAAGCCCUUACUAAUGCUGUCAACAAACGCGACACGGGCGUCAACAGUGGAGCCCUUUCUAAUGCUGUCAAUAAGCACGACACGGGUUUCAACAGUGGAGCCAUUACUAAUGAUGUCAAUAAGCACGACACGGGUGUCUACAGUGGAGCUCUUAAUAAUGAUGUCAAUAAGCACGACACGGGUGUAUACAGUGGAGCCAUUACUAAUGAUGUCAAUAAGCACGACACGGGUGUCAACAGUGGAGCCAUUACUAAUGAUGUCAAUAAGCACGACACGGGUGUCUACAGUGGAACCCUUACUAAUGAUGUCAAUAAGCACGACACGGGUGUCAACAGUGGAGCCAUUACUAAUGCUGUCAACAAACACGACACGGGCGUCUACAGUGGAGCCAUUACUAAUGAUGUCAACAAACGCGACACGGGCGUCUACAGUGAAGCCCUUACUAAUGCUGUCAACAAACGCGACACGGGCGUCUACAGUGGAGCCCUUAAUAAUGCUGUCAAUAAGCACGACACGGGCGUCAACAGUGGAGCCAUUACUAAUGCUGUCAAUAAGCACAACACGGGUGUCAUCAGUGGAGCCCUUACUAAUGAUGUCAAUAAGCGCGACACGGGUGUCAACAGUGGAGCCCUUACUAAUGCUGUCAAUAAGCGCGACACGGGUGUCAACAGUGGAGUCAUUACUAAUGAUGUCAAUAAGCACGACACGGGUGUCAACAAUAGAGCCCUUACUAAUGUUGUCAAUAAGCACGACACUGGUGUCAACAGUAGAGCCCUUACUAAUGCUGUCAACAAACACAACACGGGCGUCUACAGUGAAGCCCUUAAUAAUGCUGUCAACAAACGCGACACGGGCGUCAACAGUGGAGCCCAUAAUAAUGCUGUCAAUAGGCGCAACACGGGUGUCAACAGUGGAGCUCUUACUAAUGCUGUCAACAAACGCGACACGGGCGUCCACAGUGAAGCCCAUACUAAUGCUGUCAACAAACGCGACACGGGCGUCAGCAGUGAAGCCCUUACUAAUGCUGUCAACAAACACGACACGGGCGUCAACAUAGGAGCCGUUACUAAUGCUGUCAAUAAGCACGACACGAGUGUCAACAGUGGGGCCCUUACUAAUGAUGUCAAUAAGCGCGACACGGGUAUCAACAGUGGAGCCAUUACUAAUGCUGUCAAUAAGCGCGACACGGGUGUCAACAGUGGAGCCAUUACUAAUGCUGUCAAUAAGCGCGACACGGGUGUCAACAGUGGAGCCAUUACUAAUGAUGUCAAUAAGCACGACACGGGUGUCAACAGUGGAGCCAUUACUAAUGCUGUCAAUAAGCGCGACACGGGUGUCAACAGUGGAGCCAUUACUAAUGCUGUCAAUAAGCGCGACACGGGUGUCAAUAGUGGAGCCAUUACUAAUGAUGUCAAUAAGCACGACACGGGUGUCAACAGUGGAGCCCUUACUAAUGCUGUCAAUAAGCACGACACGGGCGUCAACAGUGGAGCCAUUACUAAUGAUGUCAAUAAGCACGACACGGGUGUCAACAGUGGAGCCAUUACUAAUGAUGUCAAUAAGCACGACACGGGUGUCAACAGUGGAGCCCUUACUAAUGAUGUCAAUAAGCGCGACACGGGUGUCAACAGUGGAGCCAUUACUAAUGAUGUCAAUAAGCACGACACGGGUGUCAACAGUGGAGCCCUUACUAAUGCUGUCAAUAAGCACGACACGGGUGUCAACAGUGGAGUCAUUACUAAUGAUGUCAAUAAGCACGACACGGGUGUCAACAGUGGAGCCAUUACUAGUGCUGUCAAUAAGCACGACACGGGUGUCUACAGUGGAGCCCUUACUAAUGCUGUCAACAAACACGACACGGGCGUCUACAGUGGAGCCGUUACUAAUGCUGUCAAUAAGCACGACACGGGCGUCUACAGUGGAGCCCUUACUAAUGAUGUCAAUAAGCACGACACGGGUGUCAACAGUGGAGCCAUUACUAAUGCUGUCAAUAAGCACGACACGGGCGUCUACAGUGGAGCCCUUACUAAUGAUGUCAAUAAGCACGACACGGGUGUCAACAGUGGAGCCAUUACUAAUGCUGUCAAUAAGCACGACACGGGCGUCUACAGUGGAGCCCUUACUAAUGAUAUCAAUAAGCACGACACGGGUGUCAACAGUGGAGCCCUUACUAAUGCUGUCAAUAAGCACGACACGGGCGUCUACAGUGGAGCCCUUACUAAUGAUGUCAAUAAGCACGACACGGGUGUCAACAGUGGAGCCCUAACUAAUGCUGUCAACAAACACGACACGGGUGUCAACAGUGUUGCUCUUACAGAUGCGGACAACAAACACGAGACGGGCUGUCCACAUUUUUGCCUUUAG